GAGCGACAAGUGCCUGGAACAGAGUGGUAAUAGUUGGAGCAUUGUUGGACGGAGCAACAUGCCCAGCAAGAGGCCCUCUUUCCCGAACCGCCGAAAACCCUCUCGCUCUCUGGCCUUCUCUCUUCGUCUCUUAACCGACCCAUCCACUCUUUCCUCUUCUCCUCUUCCUCUCUUCUUCCUCUCCCAACUUCACUACCCCCAUUGCCCAUCACCCACUCCGGAAUUACCACCGGCAAUUGCUUCGUUCCGCUUGCAAAGCUUCCACGUGCAGCUGAGUGAAUAGGGAUUUGCCCCUCGUCCAAAUCGCAUCGCAUCGCAUCGGCAUUCUCUGCCCCUCGCCAAAUUCCCAUAUUUUGUGUCGCCAGACACCACCGCGCUCGCAACUCGCUGCCCCUCCGGUUCUUCGUCUGCCGCAUUUCAAUCACGCCUGCUGUCGCCCCGACUCCAAUCCAAUCCAAUUCAACUCGCCAUGGAUAGUGUCCUCCGCCAGUCCAAGGCCAUGUGCCCCUUCCUCAAGAAGGCCUCUCCCGCCACUCUGCGCGCCCUGUCCACCACGGCCCGUCCUCAGGCGGCCCAGGCCUCGCCUUGCGGUGGCACCAUGUCCAAGCUGCAACUGCUCGGUCAUCGCUGCCCCGUCAUGGGCAAGGCCAUGGCUGUCCAGUUGGCCAAGCACGGCGCUGCUGCCGGUGCUGGUUUCCGCGCCUUUUCUGGUAACGCGAAGACUGGCAAGGCCAAGAUUCACACCAGCCGUCAGCAGGAGGCCCGCGCCGUCGAGCGCACCAACUUCGAGAGCCGCGACAAAGCCUCGAUCCCUCCUGGCGUCUCCUUGAACCGAAAGGCUGCCUCUCCUGCUCCUGUCACUACCGGCCCCGUCAAUUCCACCGGCAAGUUCAACUACGAAGGCUUUUAUAAUGCCGAGCUCGAUAAGAAGCACAAGGACAAGUCCUACCGCUACUUCAACAACAUCAAUCGCCUCGCCAAGGAGUUUCCCCGCGCCCACAUGUCCAACAAGGAAGAACGGGUCACUGUGUGGUGCGCCAACGACUACCUCGGUAUGGGUCGCAACUCUCGUGUCCUGAACAAGAUGCACGAGACUCUGGAGGAAUACGGUGCUGGUGCUGGCGGAACUCGAAACAUUUCCGGCCACAACCGACAUGCCGUCGAACUGGAAGGCACUUUGGCCAAAUUGCACGCACAGGAGGCUGCCCUUGUCUUCAGCUCCUGCUACGUCGCCAACGAUGCCACUCUCGCCACCCUCGGCAGCAAGAUGCCGGACUGCGUCAUUCUGUCAGAUAGCCUGAACCACGCCUCCAUGAUCCAGGGCAUCCGCCAUUCUGGAACCAAGAAGAUCGUCUUCAAGCACAACGAUGUUCAGGACCUCGAGGCUAAACUGGCUUCCCUCCCUCUGCACGUCCCCAAAAUCAUCGCCUUCGAGUCCGUAUACAGUAUGUGCGGUUCCAUUGGCCCAAUUGAGGAGAUUUGCGACCUCGCCGACAAGUACGGCGCCAUUACCUUCCUCGACGAAGUCCAUGCCGUUGGUAUGUACGGCCCCCACGGCGCUGGUGUUGCGGAGCAUCUGGACUGGGAGGCGCAUGUCAAGGGCUCGCCCCGAGGAUCCAUCAUGGAUCGCAUCGACAUCAUUACUGGAACCCUGGGCAAGGCAUACGGCUGCGUCGGCGGAUACAUCGCUGGUAGCGCCAAGCUCAUUGACAUGAUCCGAUCGCUGGCCCCUGGUUUCAUCUUUACCACUUCGUUACCACCAGCCACCAUGGCGGGUGCCAAGGCUUCCAUUGAGUACCAGAUGGAGUACGAUGGUGACCGACGACUGCAGCAACUUCACACCCGAGCUGUCAAGGAGGCCAUGGCUGAGCGAGACAUCCCCGUCAUCCCAAAUCCCUCCCACAUUAUCCCCAUCCUGGUUGGAAAUGCUGAGGUCGCCAAGGCUGCGUCCGAUAUGCUGCUCCAAGACUACCGCAUCUACGUCCAGUCGAUCAACUACCCCACCGUGCCCGUUGGUCAGGAACGCCUCCGCAUUACCCCCACCCCCGGCCACACCAAGGAAUACCGAGAUGAGCUCGUGCAGGCUGUCGAUGAGAUCUGGACCCGUCUGGGCAUCAAGCGCACUUCUGAGUGGGCAGCCGAGGGUGGUUUCAUCGGCGUCGGCGAGGAGGGCAACAUUCAGGAGCCCCUCUGGACCGACAAACAGCUCAAGGUCGAGCAGGCUACCAAGGACAUCAUGGCCUCUGGUCAGCCAGCCAAUGGUAUCACCGAGGCCCUCCUCGAGCAGGAGUCGAUGCAGACCGGCCAAGUUGCCAGCGCUUCUGCCUAAGGGUUGUAAACCAGUGUUUCCAAUCCACUGCGAUCGCGAAAAACUGUGACGCAGACACCCAGUUCCCUUCGAUAUAUGCCAAUUUUUGAGAGACAUCUACGUCCGUCCUUGUUUGGAUCGGCGAGAGAAUUGAAUACCUUUCUAUCCAUUGCCACAGAUAAUGUGGCGUCAUGGAUUACCAACCCCAAAAAAGCAUACCCUCUGUCCCGUUUGACGUGAAUGAGUG